AUGCGUCCCGUGGGCCAAGUCUUGACCGCUUGCUUGUUUCUUCUUUGCGCCCACGUGGGUUUGUCAGACGUGCUGCUGAUGGUCAAAAGGGGAGGCCUACGACGCUCUCAGGCGGCAUUCUUGAUCCAUCAUCUUCGCAUAGACAGUGGCAGUCUCUGGCGACCCAUCUACAGGCCCAAGCACUCGGGCCGGAUUAUUCACAAGCCUCCCGACCUCAUUCUGUCGACCCGCUCUCGCAAAUCCUCGGCGUCUACGGCCAAGAUAGCAGCGGCCUGGCGCAAGGUCCAUGAAGGCCCCUUGGCGCGUCUGAAGGCCGAUCUUUGGUUAAGCGACCUGAAUCGCUUUUGCCGCAGUGAUAAUCCAAAUUGUGUCACAUCUUGCCGAGGAACGCCAUCAACCAGGUCCUUUUUUGCCCUUCUUGCAUCUGUCUGGUCAGCAAGCCAAGUGUGUGGCUGCCGCAACUACGUGUCUAGCGUCGACGACAUUAUCCGCCUGGAAUGUGCCAAGGACCCGAGAAUCGGUCAUAGGCCUACGGUCUCCUAUCAUUCUCUCCCGAGGCUCAAUCCCUCGACUGUGCACGAGUACGAAUUCAUCAUUUUCAAAAGAAAAAUGCCCAACAAACAAGAGGUCAACGAGACUGGACACCUCGAGUCUCAAUUCGACUCGGGUCUUGGGCCUGCCGUGAGACGGCGAUGGAAUGGCACUAUCGACCUCAGCCUCACCAACAUCCCUCUCCUGGCUUGCUGCUUCAUCACCGGCCUACUGGACACAACCAUGUUCCAAGCAUAUGGCACCUUCGUCUCCAUGCAGACAGGCAACACAAUCUUCCUUGCCCUCGGUGCCUCCGACCAAAACAUCAAACCCUACGACUGGGCACGCUCACUGUGCUCGAUAGGCUGCUUCGCCAUCGGCGCCGUUUUCUUUAGUCGGAUGCACAAGUACCUGGUGCCCCAGCCCACACAGCGCGGGGUGCUGUCCCUGGGCUUCUUCAUCCAGGCCGCGUGCGUGUGCAUCGCGGCGGCGCUGGCCGAGGCCGGCGCCGUCAACCAGCGCCAGGAGGAGAGCCAGCACACCGACUGGCGUGAAAUGGCCCCCAUUGCCCUCCUCAGCUUCCAGGCCGCCGGCCAGAUCGUGGCCAGUCGCGUGCUCGGCGUCAACGAGAUCCCCACCGUCGUCAUCACCAGCCUGAUGUGCGACCUCAUGUCCGACCCAAAGCUUCUGACGAGGCCUGUGCUGACUGGCAAUCGCAAGAGGAACAACAGGAUUGGUGGGUUUGUGUUAACCCUGGUUGGGAGCAUAAUUGGGGGGUGGAUGCUGAAGGCCACGAAGCAAGUGCAGCCUGUAUUAUGGCUUGUCUUUGCCAUCAAGUUUGUCAUCAGUAUUGGAUGGAUAGUUUGGAAAGGACAAGAUACAAAAGAAGACGUGGUGUGA